AUGGUGGCCGAGGGGCACUCGGAGAAGCGUGUCCAUGUGAAGGACUUGGAUGAGGUCUACGACUCAAACCUGGUCAACAGGUUCACAGAGGGAGUCACCCUCAACUACAAAUACCUCCAGCGCUUGGAGGGGCGGCUGGACAUGAAGAAGCUACAGAUAGACAGACUGAACGCUGAAGCGAACUUUGACCUCUCUUCCUGCUGCUGCUAUGGUUCUGACUCCUGCUCUGGUGGACCCUCCUGCAGCUACACCUCUGACUCCUGGUCUGAGAGGUCCUCCUGCAGAUACACCUCUGACUCCUGCUCUGGGAGGUCCUCCUGCAGCUACACCUCUGACUCCUGGUCUGAGAGGUCCUCCUGCAGAUACACCUCUGACUCCUGCUCUGGGAGGUCCUCCUGCGGAAACACCUCUAGAACUAAAACACAUUCUAGAUCACAUUGUAGAUCUUCCAGGUCCUCCUCCAGACCUAGUGGUGGUGACUGCAGCACCUGCCGACACUGUAACAAACGGCCGGACAGGUUCCUGGGCGAUAGUCUGGAUAGUCCCUACCCAUUGGAUAGCCUGGAUUGCCCUCACCCAUUGGAUAGCCCCAGCCCAGUGGAAAGCCCCAGACAACCAUUUAGUCUUAGCCCACUACCAGGAGAUGAUAAGGGGCACGUCAGAUACUACGGCUCCACGCAAGCCUCCAACACCUCCUGCCGUUCGACUCGCCACUCCUCUGAAAAUGCCUCCCAAUGGUUCUCUCCCAGCCCCUCGAGCUCCUCUAAGUACGUGAAUCCUUCUGACUCUCGGCUGCCUCUGGAAUAUCAUCAAAGCCCUCGGCAGCCUACUAUUGGUUACUACGACACCACCAAGAUGGAGGACAAAGGGGACUAUGUUCCUGUGGUUGCUACUACUGUUAAAUUUUCACCUGGCUGCAAAGACCGCUCCAACCCCGCUGACUGCUCCGAGACUCAGAAGGCCAACUGUGUAGACCAUUCCAAGACUCCGAUGACAGUGUUUGAGAUCGUUCCAGGGAAAAGUGACCCACCUGUCCUGCACAGCUGGAACCAACGACGCCUAGAGGUAGCCCAUAAUGAGAGACUGAAGGGAGGAGGGACCAACACCACCUCUAACCUGACCUCUACCUCCACCCACCUCGAAACCACCCAGUCCACCUCAACCUCAUCUCAGGCUAAAACAAGAAGGAUCGCCAGGAAAACCACCAGCCUUCCAGACUUCUCCCCGCAGCGUGUCAACAACCCUCCUAGUCUCAGUGGGUUGGAGGGUAAAGACAAGCCGUCCAUCCGGAUGUACCUGCAGGGUGGGGCCCAGAUCACCUUCAUCACCCAGGAUAUCCAGGAGAAGCUGGAGUCCCAUGUCCGUCGCAAGCAGAGCCAGUGCCUCUGGGGAUUCCCCAAGCUGGUUACCAGGUACGUGGGAGACCACCUUGCCGACCUGGCUGCCCAGGCCCCCUCCGCUUCCGGCGACAGCAAGACGGUUAAAAUCCCUGGCAAGAUCAUGGGCAACGUAAGCGACCAUGUUGGCCGAGGGCAGCGAAACACAGAGUUGUGUUUCAGGCUGAGUAACAGGACAAGGCCAGGGGAGGAGAGAGAGGAGACCCAGGCUACUAGUCCUGCAGCUACAGCCAAACUCAAGGACAAUUUAUACAGCUCACCUGCCAACAGCAGGCCUGUGGAGAAGACUCCCUUCACCAGCACCAGCAGCACCACUACUCCCCAGCCAGCCGAGACCCACACUACCAGACCCACCCAGACCAGCCGAUCUCUGGACGAGUCCUCCCUCCAGAUGGCCCUGAACCCAGUGACCCUGACCCAGGAGAGACGCCAGCUGGAGAUGCAUGUGAAGAGCUCAAACCCCCCCCUCCCUGGCAUGGUGGCCACCAGCCAGACAACCCUUUCCUCAGCAACCAGGCAGCCAACUAGGCAGCCCAUCCAGGCAGCAGCCCUCGACCCUCUGAAAUGCCCUGCGCUACUAAGGCGGAGGGAUCCGUCGGCAGCGGAGGGAUACGCGUCUUCUAUGGACCCAGAGGCACCGAGGUGUCAAGAGGAGAAUCUGGUGAUGAAGCCCACAUCUUCGGCCACCCCUUCGACCUCCUCAGCCCACCCUCACAGCUCAGCUCUGGAGACUUGGACCGGCAUAGACACUGUCUCAGGACCCCGCUCUGCCUCCACCCCCAUACGACUGUUGUGUUAUGACACGGACACAGAAAGGCUAUUUGUGUUUACUACAUAGAUCUACAUGGACUAUUUGUUUUGGUACCAGACGAUUCAGAACUGAUACAUUUUCUUUAACUAAUAAAAAGGUUUUG